CUAACAAUCAAUAAAGCAAUGGUUGACUGCGUUAACUUUCUCCUUCCCUUCCUAUGUUCAAAUUUGUAAGCCAAAAUGGACACUUGGUGGAUCGGGAAAGGAGCGGAAACUCAACUAAUCUUUUCUUUCUUUUAUUUUAUUUUUUCCAUAUUCACAUUUGAGAUUGAUGCUAUAUAUGAGGGCAAGCUUCCUUCAUUCUUGGAAAGCCAUAAACACUCACAAUUAAGCCUCUAUUUCUUUUUAAUCUUUAUCAGGUGUUGAAGUCUAAUUUUCGCUAGAAGAUAUGGGAAAGCUACCAAUCAAGUUGUUGUGUUCCAUUUUCUUGAUUUCUCUUCUCUUGCAUACCCUCCCAGCAAGAUCUCAAGAAGUUGAUGAUGAGAGAGAAUUUGAUUACGACAAAAAUAGUGAAAAGGGGCCAGCUCGAUGGGGAGAGAUUCAUCCAGAAUGGGGUAAUUGUAGCAAAGGAUCUAUGCAAUCUCCUAUUGAUUUGCUGAACGAGAGAGUUGAAGUAGUUUCUCAUUUAGGGAGACUUAACAGAAGCUACAAGCCUUCCAAUGGCACUCUUAAGAACAGGGGCCAUGACAUGAUGUUGGAAUGGGAAAGUGGUGCAGGAACUCUUGAAAUAAAUGGAACUGAAUAUGUUCUCAAACAGUGUCAUUGGCACUCUCCUUCUGAGCACACCAUCAGUGGCAGGAAGUUUGCUCUAGAGCUGCAUAUGGUUCAUGAGAGCCAAGAUGGAAAGGUUGCUGUGGUUGGGAUUAUGUACAUAAUAGGAAGGCCAGACUCUUUCUUGUCAUCUAUCACAGACCAUUUAAGAAUGGUGGCUGGUAACGGAGAAACAGAGACAGUGGUGGGUGUCGUUAACCCAAAAGACAUCAAGAUAGGUAGUAGAAAGUAUUAUAGAUACAUGGGAUCUCUUACAACUCCUCCUUGCACUGAAAAUGUCCUCUGGACCAUUGUCAGAAAGGUGAGGACUGUUACCAAAGAACAAGUGAGAUUGCUUCGCGUAGCGGUUCAUGAUGACUCCGACACAAAUGCAAGACCAACGCAGCCAACAAAUGGACGUCCAGUGCAACUCUACAGACCAGAUGAAAAUAAAGAUGAUUAAAUUCUAUAAUUUAUUCAAUUCAUUGCUCCCAUAUGGAGAAAUUAAUUAUAGUUAGGCUAUAGAAUUUAAAUAAAUUAUUUUAUAUCACAAUACAUGGGGAGUUGAGUUGUUCCCCUUGCCAUUAUUUCUUAAUUUCCUUAUUAUUCAUUCUUUUUGGUUGUACUGUUAGCUAAAAAUUUUAAACUACUUUAGCCUUUAUUGUUAUUAUUUUUAUUAU